GAAGCAGCAUCUGCGUGGGGCACCCUCUCUGAAAAGAUGCAUUUUCUUCCCCUCCCCCUGCUGCUCCUUCUAUGCUACAGAGCUGAAGCCGGCCCUGGGGGCUCUCUGUUCCAGGGGAGAUCAUCGGGGGCACAGAGUGCAAGCCACACUCCCGCCCUUACAUGGCCUUCCUGAAAAUCACCACUCCCCGGAAUCGCCUGAUGUCCUGUGGUGGUUUCCUGAUAAGACGGAACUUCGUGCUGACAGCCGCUCACUGUGCAGGAAGUUCCAUAAUGGUCAUCCUCGGAGCCCAUAACAUACAAAAGAAAGAAGACACAUGGCAGAAGCUUAAGGUCAUAAAACAAUUCCCUCACCCAAAAUACGAUGACCUUACUAUUCGCCAUGACAUCAUGCUACUGAAGGUGAUAAUUUCUUUCUCCCCCGUCUCCACUUCCUGUUCUCUUAGUUUUCUCCCUCAGGUACCCAUUGCCCUGAGAUAUCCCCAGCCUGCCUCUGGACUCCAACCCCACCAAGUCACCCCCACUGGGUGUAGUUCUAAUGGGAAACAAUUUGCCCUGUCCUCCCGAUUUCCUCCAACUACCCCGUCACCCCUUUCUAGCACUGACAACCCCUCAUGCCCUUCACAGUUGAAGGAGAAAGCCAACCUGACCCUGGCCGUGGGGACGCUCCCCCUUACGCCCCAUUUCAACUCCAUCCUACCUGGGAGAAUGUGCCGGGUGGCUGGCUGGGGCAGAAGACAAGUGAACGGAACAGGCUCCGACACUCUGCAGGAGGUGAAGCAGAGGCUUAUGGAUCCCCAGGCCUGCAGACAGUACAGAGAUUUUGACCACAACCUCCAGCUCUGUGUUGGCAAUCCCAGGAAGACAAAAACUGCAUUUAAGGGAGAUUCAGGGGGCCCUCUUCUCUGUGCUGGGGUGGCCCAGGGCAUUGUCUCCUAUGGACAGUUGGAUGCAAAGCCCCCUGCUGUCUUCACCCGAAUCUCCUACUACCGGCCCUGGAUCAAUGAGGUCCUGAAGCAGAAUUAAGCCUGGAGGGAGCCAGAGCCAGCCCAAGGGGAAAUCUGGAACCAGACCUGAGCAGGCUCUCUGUACCACUUACUCCAGAGCUGCCUCUGGUCUCUGCUGAGACCCCACCACAUCCCUCAGACCCAAAAGGGCUCCUCCAGGUCACAGAGUCCUCAGUAAACCUCAAUAAAGAC